GGGGUGCUGUCACAGGAAUCGAAUUCAUCUUCAAGAAACCAAAUUUGCUCCUAGUUUGAGCAGGGUACUGUAGUCUUGGAGCUUAGACAUGUACAUUACCUUGGUCCUGGGAACGUCUUCGCCGUAGGGGGGAGCUCGAUUGUAGAAUUAUACACUGUGGUUAGGGUUUCACUCUUUGUGUGUGAAGUUCCUUGCGCGAGCUGGAUUCAUUUUGUCCGUCAUUUUUGCGGUAUGAUGUAGGAUUGAAAUCAGUCGAAAUUCUCCCGAGGUGGAAAUCUGGACGAAGAAGAAGAGAGGUGGCUCUUACAAGGGCCUUGAGGGUUUGUGGCUUGAUAAUGAGAUUUUGGGUGCGGAAUUGUGCCUUCUAGGAAGGCACGACGUGUGGCUCUUGCGCAGACUAGGUGAUAGUUCUGAAGGUUAGAGCCGGGUUUCAGCCAUGGGGAGGAAAAAGUCCAAGGGUUGGAAAGGUUCCGAUUCGGUCGAAAAUCGGGAGCCAAAUGUCAUAAAAUCGACUGAAGCCUUAAAUUUGACGAAAUUGGAGAAUGGCAACAGCGUAGACGAGCAGACUGCUUCUCUUGCUGCAGACAAGCUAAUUCUGAGAAUUGCGGAGUAUCGCAUGGCUUCUGAUGAUCAAAAGGCCUCUGUUUCUCGGGAGGAUUCCCUUUUGACAUUAGUGGAGUAUCGCAAAGCGGUAGGAAAGGCUACGGAAGCGGUAGAGAGAUUGGCCCAAGUUUCGGGGAAGAACGGAGCAGUUUUGAGCUCUACGUUGAGGCGUCUUUUAUUCUCUCGGCAGAAUUCCCCGCUUCAUUUGUGGUGGACGUACGCUGCCGCCGAAAAAUAUACGCAUCUGGAGACUAAUGCAGAUCCCUUGCUUCAGGGUGCCUCUAUUCUGGAUUUUGUUGGCAAAUUGUUAAUCUCUAUGAAGGCUCUUAGCGCUGUGAAUACUAGUGGAAAUUUGGCGGUAGCUGCCAUGGCUCCCAUUGUAGCUCUGCUCCAUGACGCAGUUACCUUGUUGCAUAAGUCCGUGGGGUCGUUAAAAGGCAAGGUUAGAGAUCCGGACUCCUUGGAUGGAAGGAAGACUCGAAAUCUAGUGAGGAAAAUGAAAGCAACGAUCAGAGAAAUUCUUAGUUUCAUAGUUGUUUGUCAUAGGAGGGACCUUCCGGAAUACAGGAUCGUUACCACAUUGCCAUCUGCGGAACAUAUCGCUUUGAAAUCGGUCGAAUGUGUACAACCAGCAUUUCCUCUGGCCUCGAAGCAUAUGAUGAAAAUUUUGAAUAGAGAUUCUUUGAAUUCAGCUGUCCUUGCUGAAGUUGUCUCUGUGGAAGUAAUAUUACUACAAGCCUUAGUUGAAACCAUUGAUUGGCGUAGCAGAUGUAAGAAACAGAUGAAAGUGCCCAGCAUCGGACAUGAGUUUGCGGAGAAGAUCAAAUCUCUGGCAAGAUACUCGAUAUGUACCGGAAGUACUUUCUCCCCACCUGAAAUGCUGCUGGAUAUGCUGCUGGAGAAACGACUACCUGUUGGGGAUUUGAUGGAUGACAAAGAGGAGAAGAUCGUGAGGGAAUGUAUUAUCGAGGCUGUUUUGGUUGAUCCACCAGAGUUCGGGCUAUUUGAGUUGACAUCUCAGAAGAACGUAGACUCGAACAACGUGCUGUUCAUGAAAAAGCUCGCUGUUGGAAGACGAGCAAUUCAGCUUUUCAGAGCACAGGACGACCGAAUGCGAGCAGAUACCAUUUCCAGACGAAUUGCUUCUUGGGUCACACCUCCACAGCUUAUGAAGUGGUUGCAAGUGCAAAAGAGGCAUCUCCUUCCAGUGACAGCGCUCUUAGGCUCCCAAGCUUUUCUAAAUUGGGUGGCAUCUACCUCGGAUGAAAUUGCAUUCAAAUCAAUAUUUGACAGGUGUGUGACAGCUUUCACACCUGUAGUUGUUUACAACGAUGCAAAUGGCGAGUGCAAGGGUGAUGACCUUGACAUGGAAGACGAAGAUGAGGAAGACCUUUUCUUCGUUGAUACUGCCGGUCAAGCUAAAGAAGAAAGUCUGGAUAUUGCUGCCGAUUUGGCUUUCACUGCUGCUGCUAAGGAUAUCAAGGAGGGCAAGACUUCAGGGAAGCGGGAAAAGGAACGAGGACCCAUAUAUUCGCGAUUACCACAUGCAGCGAUAGGUAGUGAUAAAAAGGUCAAGAAAAUUGUGGCCGAACUAGAGGAGUCAAAUUCAGACUCGGAUUCGGACGCAGAAGAUCCUAAUAUGGUAGAGGAUGAUUCAAGUGCAGAAGAUCCUGCUUUAGCAGAGGAUUCUAGCUCAGAUGAUGAGCCUAUUGUAAACCUUGUAGUUGACGAGGUAGAGCAGUCGAAGAAGAAACGAAAGAACUCUCGGAAGAGUUCCAAGGAAUCAGACGAAAAGGUUGAGAAGGAGGCGGUUGCAAACCCAGUAAACCCUCCUACGGUGAAGGAAGACGCUAAGGGAACAAAGGGCAAAGACGAAGAGAUGUUGGAAGCCGUGGGGGUGCCAACUGACCCUCUGGUGCUUUCAAAGGAUGAGUUGUGUGGAAACGAGAAUGCUGAUAGAAUGGUUGAUAGAAUGGUUGAAAGCACACUACUUCCUGUGCCGAAGAUCCAGUCGAGUAAUAAGCAAGACAAACAAGUUACGGGAAGGAAGGAUCAUGAGAAAAUCGAUGCGCAACUCGGGUGCAGUGAAGCAAAUCCUAACUCGGUGUUGCCCUUGGUCGAGGAGAUGCCCGAAGGUUUUGUCCAAGGUUCUACAGAACAGGUUGAGUGUGGAGCAGUACCAGGGCCCAAUCUCUCUCAUGUGAGUGAGGGAGAUCCUGAUCAGGAGAUGGUGGAAGCUUCUUCCGGAGUUUCAGCCUUACGUAAGCCACCAGUUGAUCGGAAGAGUAGGAGUAAGCAAGAUUUGGAAGUGAGAGGGGACAAGGACCCUAUUACAGUGGAAAUGGUGAUGACUUCAGCUUCUGAAGCAGCAGAGAUCGGAGAGGAAACCGCUGUUGGAUCCUCAAGUAAGAGUCUUAAAAGGAGCAAGCGAAGCAGGAAGGAUGGUGCAGAAAAAAAUCCGGACGCAUUGGACGCAAUGAAUUCUCCAACUGCUGUCGAAUCGGCGAACGAAUUUACAUUGCUGAAAUCGCCUCUUUCUGCUCUCGGAAUUUCAAGUGAGACAUCUAGUAAGAGCAAGCGAGGGAAGAAGGACACUACGAACAAGGAUACAGAGACAGGUGACAGUGUACCUUCUACUCCCACGCCUACAAAUCAGAAGGAAGUCAAGCUGAUGGAAACACCUCCCACAGUUGUCGUGACUUCAAGCGGAACAUCUAGCAAGAGUAAGCGAGGAAAGAAGGUGAUUGUGGAUACGGAGACAGUGAAUAGUGAACCAUCCGAGCUCCCUAUCUGUGCUGAGGAUCCUGAAAAGCAGGAAGCAGCACCUCCGGUUACGCUAGCUGACUCAGUGGAGACAUCUCGUAAGACUAAGCGAGGGAAGGUCAAGGGAAUCGAGACGAUGGAGAAAGUGGAUUCGGGAUCCCCUGCCAUCAUCGGGUUUGAUUCUGGAAUACAGAAUGCUGCACUUGCGAAUGCCUCGGAUCAAUCUCUGAUGCAGAGCAGUGAGCGCGGUAAGGUGUCCAGCGCUAACGUGGAUACUGAGACAGUGGAGACUGUGAUCUCUGCACCCCCUGUUAACAGCGAGAAGGACGUUGAUUUACAGGUUCUAUCACCUCCGUCCACCACUUCAAGCAAGAGUAAGCGAGGAAAGCAGGCUUAUGCAAGCAAGCAGACAGAGACUGUCGAGACCCUUGUUUCUGCAGUCCCUGUCACAACCGAGAAGGACUUUGAAACGCAGGUUGCAUCUCCCUUGUCAAUCACAUCUGAAACGCCUUCAACUAAGAGCAAGAGAGGCAAGAAGGCCUCCGCGAACAAGGAGUCAGAAGCAGCAGAGACAGUUAUCUCUGCAGUCCCUGUCACAACCGAGAAGGACUUCGAAACGCAGGUUGCAUCUCCCUUGUCAAUCACAUCUGAAACGCCUUCAACUAAGAGCAAGAGAGGCAAGAAGGCCUCCGCGAACAAGGAGUCAGAAGCAGCAGAGAUAGAUAUCUCUGCAGUCCCUGUCACCACAGAGAAGGACUUUGAAACGCAGUUUGCAUCUCCCUUGUCAAUCACAUCUGAAACGCCUUCAACUAAGAGCAAGAGAGGCAAGAAGGCCUCCGCGAACAAGGAGUCAGAAGCAGCAGAGAUAGAUAUCUCUGCAGUCCCUGUCACAACCGAGAAGGACUUUGAAACGCAGUUUGCAUCUCCUUUGUCAAUCACAUCUGAAACGCCUUCAACUAAGAGCAAGAGAGGCAAGAAGGCCUCCGCGAACAAGGAGUCAGAAGCAGCAGAGACAGUUAUCUCUGCAGUCCCCCUCACAAGCGAGAAUGACUUUGAACGGCAGGUUGCAUCACCCAUCUCUAUUACAGCUGAAACUUCGAGUAAGAGUAAGCGAGGCAGGAAGUCAGCCGCAAACAAGGACGCGGAGUCACUGGAAAAUGUGGAUGUUGCAGCCCACGCGGCGAUCGAAGACGAUGCCCUUACAGAAGCGAGGUCUCCAUCCCCGUUUGCGUCGGAUGAACCAUCUGGCAAAAGUAAGCGAGGGAAGAAGGCAACUGGGAACAAGCUUCCAGAUACACUUCCAGUUGCAUCUCAUGUCCAAAUGGGGGAAUUGGAAACGCAGGAAUCUAUUCCUCAGCCGAAGCUGGUCGACUCGAAUAAGGUUCCGAGUGACCUUGAAGGAGGUUCCGAGGUCGCAACUGACAUGGAUGCGGAGGUAGUACCAGGUAAACUAGCUGUAGCAGGUAUUGAUGCCAAAGCAGUAGAUAGUCUGCUUUCCCAGGCUACAUCUGGCACGGUGCAGAGGACUCAAGAGCUGGCGAUUGCCGUUCCGACAUCCUCAGAACUUACUGGCAUGACUCAGGCUUCCGCAGAGAGGGAUGUGGAGACAAUGGCCAAUGUCCCAUCAUCUUCGUCACCCACCUCGAGAAAGGGUAAAAGAGGCAGGAAGCCGAAGGCGAAACUUUCUGCUCUUGAGUCAGAAGGAGAUUUACCGCCCGUUUUACCAACACCCCGUAGAAUAGCCACGAGAGGUACUACUCCUCACAUUGUCGUUGAGAAGGUAGAAGAUAAGCUUGAAGAAGACGAUGAGGCACCUAUUGUUCUUGUGACCCCACACAAGACCCCUCGCAAAAGUAGGAAAAAGGUUACGCUUCAGGAGCCGCAGGAGAAAGCAAGCGAAGAUGUCAAGGUGCCGGCUUCAGUUCCAGCUUUGUACUCGACGGAGGAGCAGGGCAAGCUUAAAGCCUCUUCAGACUCUGGAGCUUCAGCUCCGCCGACUUCUGUCCAACAAACUCCAAGUAGAGGCAGGAAGCGCUCCAAGGCCCAGGUCAUUUCUGAAGACGAGUUUGAAGACUCACCGACGACAUCAGUGCAAGCCACUCCAAGCAGAGGCAGGCCGAAGGGCUCCAGGGUCAGAGUUGUUACUGAUGAUGAGACUGACGAUACACCGACCCCUUCUGUGCAAGCCACUCCAACCAGAGGCAGGCCAAAGAGCCUCAAGGCCAAGGUGGUCACGGAUGACGAAACCGAUGAUACACCUUCCCAUUCUGUACAAGCCACUCCUACCAGAGGCAGGCCAAAGGGCUCGAAGGCCAGAGUGGUGAUUGAUGACGACACUGAUGAGACAUCAACUCUCGCCGUCCAAGCGACUCCUAACCGAAGUAAGAAGUCUAGUAAAGCGAAAGUCGUAGACGAUGAUGAGGUUUUCGAAGAUUUAUCGAGCCCCUCUGACCAAGGGACCCAUGUUAGAGGCAGAAAGAGCUCCAGAUCUGCGGAUGCGGAUGAGUGGGUGCCACCAUCUGCAACAAAGACUCCGCGAAAGAAAACCAGGGCCUCUUCUCAGCCACCGGAAGAGGACCAGGAGAUGGGCGAUCGGUCGGGAUCUAUUCCUGUCUUCAUUCCCAGGAGGAGCAAACGAGGAUCUGCUUCAUCUCAAGUUGAAGGGGAGUCCCUGGAUAUGGCCCUUUCACCAUACAGAUCUAGCAAGAAGAAAAAGUCUACGCUACCAGUAAUAGUUGAUCUAGAAGAUGACGAAUGAAUCGAGUCCGCUUAGUCCGCACUUUCUAUAUUUAUGCUUUUUAGUAGUGUAGUCUUCACUACCGGCUUGUAGGCAAAUUUUAUGUUAGGGGAGGAUAUAUUCCCUAACGUUUGAUUCAACUUGUAUAUAAUUGUUCCAGCAGUGUAGGAAGUUGAGUAAACGUUGUUAAGGAUGGAUCGAGGUCAAAUGCAAAUUCAAAAGUAUAUCUAUCUAGAGCGUCUGAGUUGGU